AUGGUCGCCGCGGGCGGGCUAGCUCUCGUCGUGCCCUGCUACAACGAGGAGGAGCGGCUCCGCUCCGCUGCGUUUGUCUCGUACCUCGCAGAGACGCCCACGGUGCGUCUGAUCUUCGUGGAUGACGGCUCGUCCGACGGCACGAAUUGCGGCAAGGCAGAGGCGGUGCGGCGCGGGAUGCUGCACGCGCUCGAGAGCGACGCACAGUAUGGCGCGGUCGGGUUCUGGGACUCGGACCUCGCCACGCCCCUCUCCGCCGUCGCCGAGCUGCACUCCGUCCUCUGCAGCAACCCAGCCCUGCAGAUGGUGCAAGGCGGCACCGAGUCGGCAGCCGAGACGGCGUCCUUCGAGCACUGCAUCUUCGAGUUCCCGCUGCACGAGUGGGUCGACGUCGCCGGCUCGAAGCUGCGCCUGACCGACGUGGCUCGCAUGGCGUACGGGCUCUGCCAGAUCUACGCCACCUACUUCCUCCACGAGUGGCCCUCGGGCGAGCCUUGCACCGCCGCCCAGGCGACUCCAAGUUGGCUCGACCUCGGCUAG